AGAACCUUUUCUUCGCCCGUACGGGACGCCAAACAUUUCACCGUAGGGCUCUGUCUGCUUUGCAGCCAUACAACAGGACCCGCUCUGGUUCGUUCAUCGCCAUAUAAAAGCCGGAGAAACUCACCUGACCGUGUUUCUAGGUUUCUGCCGUACUGCAGCAACGUGAGGAGCACUGCCAGGCCUCGCAAACCGCGUAUCGUCUUAACUAAGCGAAUACGCAAUGGGGAACGAUUUAUACACAAUACUUGGAGUAUCCAAAAAUGCCGCUGAGGAGGAGAUCAAGCGGGCCUACAAGGCCGCCGUUAAGAAAUUUCAUCCAGACCGCAAUCCUGGCUUCAAGGAGGAGGCGGACGCAAAAUUCAAGGAACUCAGUGGAGCCUACGAGGUACUCUCGGAUGCAGUGAAACGAAAAGGAUACGAUCAGCAGCAAGCAGAAAAGCGGAAGGAGGAAGCAACGCGGCCCAAGGAGCAGGCAAGGCCGAGGCCGGACAUGGAGGAGGGAUCCCAGGGUGAGGCGGGGCAGAACAGCACACAUGCCAGCCCUACGGAAUUGGAAAACCUGAUGCGGCGUUUUGAGAAAUUGAGUGGAAAGGUAGACCAAAUGGAGAAGAAUCAGGAGCUGCAGACACAAGCAUUGCGAAAGGAACGAGAGAACGUUGCGGAGGUGCGACAGGAACGCGCGAGAGUCACAGAGCUGGAGAGAGGGUAUGCCCACCUUCAGAAGACAACGGAAGAUUUGAGAAAAUCCCUUGUCAAGGAGGCGGAGAUUAGCUCACAGCUGCAGAAAGACAUCGCAGCCAUGCAGCCAAGAAAUACGACCCCGCAACUCCCAAAGGUAGGCCAACCCAGAGUGUGGUUGGACGUUAGUUGGGGUAACGAGCGGUCAGGAAGGAUAGUCAUCGAGCUCCAAUCAGCUUUUCCGAAAGCAGCCGAAAAUUUUCAAAUGAUGUGUGUGGGGAACGUUCGUCGCUAUCGCAGCUAUCGCUACACUGGCACGAAACUUCAGUCCGGAUCCAGGGGCGAGGCAAUUGAGUCUAUGGAACCCCAGGAAGUGGUUGGAGCUGGGGAGGGCAUUUACACCCCUCAAACAUCCGUUCACGUAUUUGACCACGCCUUUCGGGGGGAAGUCUGGUUAAGCAACCAACCGUGCGCUCAAGCACCCUGGAAUCUACAAUUCUCGAUUGCUGUCAAAGAGCACAAGUAUCAUGGUCGCUGCUACGUCAAGAUCGGAAAGGUGGUUGAGGGCAUCGACAUAGUGAUGGCGGUGGAGGCUUUUAGCAGUAGAAAGACCGAUGCAUAUUAUCGUGGCGUCUACAGUGCAGAGAUCGUGGACUGCGGGCAAUAUUGAAAGCUGUGGUCGAACCCGUCCACCCGUGUAAUCAUUAGUCAAAGGAGAACGAGUGGCUACAGGGAACUAUCGGCUUCUGGGGGAUCUACGCCAAUCCCCACUGUGGACGUCCGCCUUGCGAAGAUGAGUGCGCCACCAGUGACCUCAGGCCUCUAUCUUUAUAUCCUCUUUGUAAACCCUAUACGAGAAUCCAUAAGUGGGUGUAUGCAUGUCGAUGUUCUCCGUUGGCGGAUUCUUGAGGGUUGGAUUGCGCGCCGCGUGAUGCCCACGAUCUCAGCGCUCACAUUC